CUGAGAGAUAUAGGAGAAAGAAGAAGACAGAUCUCGAAUGGCAGUAAUAUUAUUGCAAUUGCUAGUUCGUAUCACCCUUCUGUUAACGUUCUGGUCAAUUAGUACUAUGGCAACAUCAUCAUCCUCAGAAUUAGCAUGGCCGAUAGCAAAGCCUAAUUGCGAAACUCAUUGCGGAAAUAUUAGCAUCCCAUACCCUUUCGGGAUCGGACCCAACAAAGAUUGUUACUUCGACGAAUGGUUUGAAAUAGAGUGCGCCAACAACUCCACCGGUCCUCACAAGCCUUUCUUGAAGCACACACAGCCGAAGCUAGAGGUGCUGAAUAUUUCAAUGGAAGGCACGCUUCUAGUUAACAACCCGGCCACUUUCUUCUACGAAGGAAACAGAACUCGGCAAUUGGCCCCGAAUUUGACAGAAGGCCCUUUCAUAUAUUCACAGACAUAUGCAUACAACAGAUUCACUGCAAUGAGUUGCGGAUUCUCGGAGCUGGUAAGGUCAGAUUAUGACGAGCGUGUGCUUGGUGGGUGCUUUUCAGCUUGUAAUACAGAUAGUUCGAGUAUAUACAAUUAUGGAUAUGAUUGUAUUGAUGGUAUUAACUGCUGCCAGGCUACUCUCCCUCCAUAUCUCACUUUGAUCACUACAAAGAUACAAUAUUCCGAAACUGAUGAAGAAUUGUUGACUUAUUACAACUACGCCUUCCUGGCUGAGCAAACAUGGUUUCAGAAUAAGAAUUUUAAGAAUACCACUAUGGAGCUCAAGAAUGCAUGGUUUGAGCAAAACAUAUCGAAAUUCAAGGCUAUAGAGGCGAGUAUGGGCAUGUUUCCUGUGGUUCUUGAUUGGAGCAUAAGAUUAUAUGAUACUAGUUCAUAUUUCGCAAUAUUUAAAGGGUUCAUCGGAUCACACUCGAGCUAUAAUGACUCAAGACCCUAAUGCGAGGCUGCUACUUCGUCGUACAAUAAUGUUCCAAGGCUUGACUGCAGCUGCGUCUGUCCACUGGGUUUUGAAGGAAAUCCUUAUCUUCUCCAACCUUGUCAAGAUAUUGAUGAAUGCAAGGGGAGUAAUCAGUGCGUGACUCUGUUGGUAAAUAUGUCGG